CGUAGACUUUAAUCUAAAUGAUCCGCCUCAAAUUUCCCAAGGACACGGACAGACUCUCGAAUCCGCGAAGACAGACGGUGACAACUUCAGGCUGGUGAGACGUGCCCGUAGUAUUGCGGUGUCUCUUUAACGAAAGGGGGAGUGUAAACGAGGGACAGAGGCAAGAGAUGAAUAGAAGGCACCAGAAUCACCUACCAUGACCAAGUGCGCCGUGAAUGUAGGACAGAAAAACGAGUGGAAUACAAACGGAUCGUCGAGGGGCACGUUUGAAGGGAAACCAUGGUUGGAUGCGUCUCGUCGGGUUCACAUAUUUCUACAUACGGCGCCACGCACGAUCAUGGGAACGCGCGGAAAGUAUUAUUCCUCCAAAACGUUUCUUGCUUUCUAAAAUGGAAAAGAAGAGUGGCAGUAAAAAUCGUCGCUUUGCUGCCUUUCUGCGACUAUCAAUGGUAGGCAUUGCAUAAUUCACCCAUACCCACCGGAGCCAUUUGGUUCCUCCUCUCUGGGAAGAGGGGGACGCCAGAAAAAAAGCGACUACAUCCAGUAACUGCCUGCUCAGUGGUGCCUGCAAUUGUUUGGCUAUGCCCUUUUCUCUCAUAGGAAGGACUUGCAGACAGUAGCGGGAGAGCAAGCGGGAGAAGGAUGCGUUUAACGCUGGAUGCGUGCUGCAUUCAGGGAGAUUCGGCACUAAUAGCGGCUCUGCGAGAAACAGCGAGUGCGAAGGGCCUGGGAAGCUCCCAGCCCCACUAUCUCCUCCUUUUCCUCCCCCCCUGCAGGACCAUGCUUGCGUGAGGGAUGAGGCUGUGCACAGGGACACCAGGCCAGAGCUGCGGCCUAAUUCUCACAAGAGCCGGUCUCACGACUGCAAGAUCUGUGAACACAUUGCCACCGUCAAAUCAGCAUCUUUGGUCAUCAGGUAGAUCCAGGAGCAUGAGCAGGACUUUGAGCUGCGGGUGCAGAUGUCUGGGUACAAGCGCAUGCGGCGGCAGCACCAGAAGCAGCUGAUCGCUCUGGAGAACAGGCUAAAGGCCGAGAUGGACGAGCACAGGCUCCGGCUGCAGAAGGAAUUAGAGACGCACGCGAACAACACUUACAUUGAGCUGGAGAGACUGGCCAAGCGCCACGUCGCUCAGACGGACAAAGAGAUGAAAUCGGUCGCAGCAGAAGAGAGGAGGAUACAGCAACAGAUUGUUGCCCAGCAAAGAAAAGAGCUGACCUCCUUUCUAGACGACCAGAAGAAGGAGUACAGGCUCUGCAAGGAGAAGAUCAAAGACGAGAUGAGCGAGGACCCGUGCACCCCCAAGGAGGAGAAGCAGGAGCGCCUGUCGAGGCACAAGGAAACGAUGCAGCACUCUCAGGCCGAGGACGAGGCCCACUUCCGGGCCCAGCAGAGGCUGGUCUACGACCGGAGCUGCCGGGCCCUGAAGCGCCGGAGCCUCGUGAGGAAGCACGAGUUCGAGCAGGAGCAGCUCAGAGAGGAGCUGAACAAGAAGAGGACCCAGAAGGAGAUGGAGCACGCGCUGAUGAUCCGGCAGGACGAGUCCACCCAGGACCUGGAGCGCCGGCAGCUGCACAUGCUGCAGAGGCUGCGCGUGGAGCUCAUGCGGCUGCAGCACCAGACGGAGCUGGAGAACCAGGAGGAGUACAAUGGCCGGCGGCAGAGGGAGCUGCACAGGAAGCACAGCCUGGAGCAGCGGCAGCAGCCCAGAAACCUCAAGACGCUGGAGGUGCAGAUCAAGAAACAGUUCCAGGACACUUGCAAGGUGCAGAACAAACAGUACAAGGCCCUUAGGAACCACCAGCUGGAGGUUUCUCCCAAAGGGGACCACAAGAGCAUCCUGAAGAACCUGAAGGAGGAGCAGACCCGCAAGCUGGCGGUCCUGGCCGAGCAGUACGAGCACAGCAUCAACGAGAUGACGGCGUCCCAGGCGAUGCGACUGGAGGCCGAGCAGGAGAUCGAGUGCCAAGCGCUGAAGCAGCAGCUCAAGCAGGAGAUGGAGCUGCUGGACGCCUACCAGAGGAAAACCCAGUCGGAGAUGGAGACGCAGCACGAGCGCGAGGACCAGAAGCUGGAGCAGAAGGUCUCCAUUCGCAGGGCGCACCUGGAGCAGAAGGUCGAGGAGGAACUCGCCGCCCUCCAGAAGGAGCGCACCGAGAGGAUCAAGCAGCUGCUGGAGCGCCAGGACCGGGAACUGAACACUUUCGACGCCGAAAGCAGGAGCCUCGGCUUCGGGAGCCUGGGAUCUCUGGACUUCCCCAAAGAGGACACCAGAUGAAAGUGGAUGUACCCCCAGAGGACCGCGCGUUUCCGUUCCCACUGGAGGUUCGCCACAAGCCGGACCACUUCCUCCCGCCGCUUUCCCUCCCUUAGAUACUGCACCUUCGAAUCGACGGCGCUCCGUGCAACGAGAACUCGAAGGGGGGGGGGGGGUGAAAGCGACGAGUCGUCAAUAAAAACCCAAGCGCCACCGAGAAGCAGCGUUGAACACGGACUCCUUUCCCUCCACGUUUCCUUUUUGGUAUGAAUUGACUAAAUCAGGAAAUUUUCGUAAAAUGGGCACUUUGAUAUGUUUGAGUAGAAACCCAUCACGUUCAUGCGAUGCUUCGUGUGUGUUCCGUGGAGGGACGUCGUGGAAUGUGAGAUGCACACGCCCCCCUGGUGUGAAGCUGCUUCGUCUUUUUUUACCACUUCCUUUGGUUUGGUUCCGUUUGAUGCUCUGAAUGUGAAUAUUACUGUAUGGGGUCACUGGAUAAAGUCAGAGUUGUUUCAUUUUGGCUCAUACUUCCAUAUUGUGCUUAUGCAUACAGUAUACUGUGGUCCCUUACUCUUCUGACUAGGUCUUACUUUCUCUUUCAUUUGAUAUGUAGGCUCAAUUGGCAUUAGCUUGAUAAACCGGUUUAUCUUCACGACUCCAGAUCCCACGUGGUGAAUCUGCUUAUUAUUGCAUGCACUUUAAGGACAAAUUCAGGUUGUGAAGUGACGCAUGAAUCUGUCAGAGGUUUUAGCUGUUUGUAAAUAAAAGUGGUCAUUGCAUUUUUUUAAGCCUAUGGAUACUGGACAUAAGCGCCAUAUUUGAUAUGAUGAUUUCACAAAUGCCUUUAUUUAAGUUGUGCCUGAAGCAGAUUUUGGUUCCGUGUUUGAUGCGUUCUGUUUUAUUUAGGCCCGCGCACCGUUUCCUUUCGAUUUCAUCCAAACGUGUGAAUCAUUUAAUGUUCACUAAUCAGAGUUCUUGUAAAGGAAAAUGGUGAGAAUUGUGGUGUUUAACUUUUGAUAUGAAUAUUUGUACAUGAGACUAUAGGUAGAACAAGCAGACGCGCCGCUCUGUCACUAACGGAGCUCAACGAUGAGAUUAGCUUCAUUUUUUUUGUUUUAUAAUAUAGAAAUGUGGUCCUAUAUAAUAGACCUCUGGACUCUCAUACAGUGUGUGUGUGUGUGUGUGUGUGUGUGUGUGUGUGUGUGUGUGUGUGUGUGUGUGUGUGUGUGUGUGUGUGUGUGUGUGUGUGUGUGUGUGUUGAUCAGUGAAGCUGCAGACACAAUAUCAGCGUGCUGGUUUUUUACAAGUCAGUGGUUCUGCAACAACACAACACGCCGACACAUGGGUCCAGACCACAGUCGCCCAGUUCCUUUCUAAUGAUCAGAUUUACGUCACUGAACAGGUUGCACAAUGUUUCCUUUUCUACUGAAUGGAAAGAUAAUUGUUUGGUGCUUAAUUUCUAAUGCCACCUUUAGCCUUGUAGUGUUUUGUCUUGGAGAGAUAGAUUUUUACAAAAUGUAAACUUGAAACAUUUUGGACCCCCCUCUGAGUCAAAACACUGCUAAGUUUUCAAAUGCUUAUGACAUAUUUAGAGUACCCCAUGCAGUGAAACCCUAUAAAAGUGAAAUAUAUGUAUGAAAAAAUAAAUACUAUUUUAUCACGGGACGAUUUUUUGAAACAUUGUUUAAUGUGGUGGUUCUGAACCCUGUUUUUUUUUUUUUUUUUUUUUUAGCCACAGCUUGUACUAAUGUCCAGCUGUGUUCCUCAUAGGGCUGAAAGGUGGAAGAUGUCCCCCGAACCAACACAGUAACGACGUCUGUGGUCCAAUUUCUAAUGGCAAUAGAAGCUAAAGGCUGUUGGUUUACCCGUCAACACCCAAAUUCUGGAAUUCUGAAUUCUGGACUGGUUCUGUUUGCGAUCUGGAGUCCAGCGGCUCUUCCAGAUCUUUUAGCUUUUAACACUUUCUCAAACCUUUUUCGAAAUUCAAUGGCAACUUUCUCGUGUGCAGCGAGGCCUCCUCGUGUGAUCGCAGGGCUUGGCCUCGUGAAGCCCCCUGGUGGGGGACGUGGAGCCUUGCGAUCACAAGGCGAAGCCUCGCGGACGCGUGGGCGCGUAGGGAGUGUGUGCCGGUGGAGCCGCUGAAGCCUCUCUGGGGCCCAGACGAGCUUCCACAGCGGCUGGAACCUCCGCGACUGGAGAAGCUGCUCGUCUGAGUCCAGCUGCCAAGAACCUGUGUGACACUGAAGUUACUAGAAAGAUGUAUUUAGUUAGAAAAAAGGGGACUUUCUUACACAACCGUAUUCACCAUUUCCUGUGCAGUUAAAAUACGAAAUAAACCAUAUUCUGUUGAACAAA